AUGGCUCAAAGCUCUGCGCAAAAGAUGGGAUGUGACAUCAAGAAAAUUCAAGGACCAACCCUGACAAUUGCGGUGGGAGCAUCUAAGGAACCCUUUCAUGUCCAUAAAUCAAUCAUCUGCGCUUCGUCUCCUUUUCUCGAAAAGGCUAUGUCGGGACCAUGGAAGGAAUCCAAGGCGCGCACCUUUGAGCUCCCAGAAGAUGAUCCCCGAAUUUUUACCUUGUACUCACACUGGCUUUACUUUGCCAAAAUUCCCGAGGUUCCCAAAGAUGCAGCAAGUCACGGAAAAGCACAGAAACCCUCCCGCGUGUACCAUGAUCUCGUCAAUGCAUAUGUGCUUGGUGAUAAAUUGCUCGACAUCAAGUUUCAGAAUUCUGUGCUCGAUGCAAUUGUCGAAAAGCGCUAUGAAAGUGGUGCAAGAAGUGGGACGCACUAUCUUCCCUGUUACGACACGAUCAACCUUGCAUACUACAAGACGACUGAGUCUGCUGGAAUUCGCAAGCUGUUUGUGGAUAUGUAUGUGAGAGGCGCGACAGGAGGAUGUCUCUCUGGGAACUUCACAAAGGCAUUUCUAUGUUCGGUUGCGCAAGGUCUCAUCAAGAACCGAGCGCCUGUUUAUAAGCGCAUCAGACCAUUCGACUAUUACGUGAAACCCGCAAUGGAGAUGAAAAACUUGAAGCGAAAGCGCUCCAAGGAAAAGCUUUAG